GCUAUGUACCUUUUAAGUUGUGGGGAAGUUUAAAGCAGGGUUAGGAUCUAAAGGAAUAUGUAAAACUAUGAACACUUUCUAAUCCACCAUCUAAAUUGAGUUGUUUGGCACAACUGUGAAGCUACUAAGACAUGGCUGUCCCCCUUAAACUGACAGGCCAACCAAGAAGUGCAUCAAUCAGAGAAGCAGACAGAAUGUCUACGAUAACUCUGGAGGAGUUGCAGAGAUCUAUAGCGCAGAUGUUAGAAUAUGUUGGUAGGACUACCUUUUUUUAUCGAAUGUUUGCCUCAAGCAAUGUAGGAGAAACAGCCUAUAUGUGGAAGUUGGUGUUUGUGUCAGAUGAAACAAAACUGGAGCUUUACCUACAUGUUAUCUGUGGAGGAAUAGUAAUACUGCACGUCACCAGCAACACAGCAUCACCACAGCAUCACCACAGCAUAACAUGUUGGUGGUGGCAUCAUGCUGUGGUGAAGCUUGUUCUUCAUCAUGGAUUCAUUAUGGACGCUGGUUGAUUUUGAUGUUUUGGAAAUAAGCAUCUAAAUGUGCAAGGCUGAAACAAAAUAUACGCCACACUAUUCAGAUUUUUAUGUGCAAAACAUUAGAAAUUCUUUGCAUUCUAUUACUUCCGCUCCACAUUUAUGCACUAUUUUGCAUUUGGUCCAGCUCAUGAAAUCCCUAUAAAAUGCAUUUAAGUUGGUGGCUGUACAGACAAAUUCACUUUUUCUAAGAAUCUGUAAUUUAUUUUUCAUCCCUGUAGCAGUAGAGCAUUUCAUGCAACCAAGAUUUUUGUCCAGGGUGUACCCCGGUUCUCGCCCAGUGAACGCUGGAGAUAGGCACCAGCAACCCCCGUGACCCCAUGAGGGAUUAAGCGGGUCAGAAAAUGGAUGGAUGGAAGAUUUUUGAGUGGAUUUUAAGAUUCAAAGCGGUAAAGCAACAGCGGCAUUCUCUUGGUGUGCGCUCUUGCUAGAUAAAGGCUCGUUUAUGGAGGCAGAAGAAAAGACUGCAUUAGAACAGCAAUGAACUGAAUGUGAUGUAUAGAUAGUUUAACUUUCUCUGAGCAUUACCUGCAUUUUGAACACUUGCAUGUUACUCACCCCCAAUUUCCAAGUAAACCAUUUCUCCUUGUUAUCCUCAUGCAGUUAUUUUUUUCUUUUAACAGUAGAAAUUAAAGUAGCUUUGUGAUCAUUGACAUGUUCAUAGUAUGUAGCCAGGUACACAGGUCAGACAUGCUUACUGCAUUUCAGGGAAACCUUUUACUUGGCAAAGCCGCUAUUAUAUUCUUCCAGUAAUGCGCCAUCAUAAAUUCACAGUAAACCUACAGCAGUGCACAGCUUUGAUUUAGAGGCUGAUAAGAACUCCGCAAACCUGUGGAGUACAAGAUUAUGUAAUAUUUCUUGAGGCAGUAGAUUUACAGCGGCUGCCACCCUUUUUAUUGACAUUGGUGGCUCUAGCUAUGACACAGGUGACUUUUUAACCACGCAGCACGCCUAUGACUCGGGGAAACGCUUGGGUUUGUUUUACUGCUGUGAAUUUUAUGUUCCUUCGGUUCUCCGAAAAGCUGGGCUUGGACUAUGAAACCCUUUUUAAACAGCAGAGACAUUUGAGCUGGGACUGUAGAGAGCCACCGAACUCCAAGUCCUGCUUAGAGACACCAGAAGGAAGCAUCGUUCUCAUUACUUGUUUGACUUCACUGCAGCUGAUCUGACGGAAGUUUGGAAAUUAAAAAAAAAUAAAAUAUGCGUUCCACUGCGGACGGAACACCAUGCCCUCCUGGAGUAGUAGAGACAAACAUCAGCAGCAGCAACAACAACAACAAUAACAACCAGAUGAGUAGCAGAGAAAACAAUGGAAAUUCAGGCUCCCAGUAUGCGCUGUGUGCUUUGGGAGUCGGCCUCAUCGCCCUCGGAGUAGUGAUGAUCGUGUGGAGCGUGGUGCCUGCGAACACAGCAUUUAAUAACAGCAGCAGCGGUUCAGGGGGGAAUGACGGCAUCGAGGGCAAGAGAAAUAAAGCGUCCUCUGUGGCCUUUGUGCUGGCCGGCUCCGGGGUGGCUAUGCUGCUGCUGUCUCUGUGUCUGGGAAUGAGGAACAAACAGCGGGAGCAGGUGAUACGCCAGGAGGUCCAAAACCAGAGAGAAGCAGCGAGGCAGCUGGAGGAGAGAGCAGCGGCUGAGGAGCAGGCACAGCAGUAUGCAGUACCUAGCUAUGAGGAGGUAGUAGGCAGCGGCCAGUACCCUGUCCGUCAAAGCAACCUUCGUCCAAGCAUCUCCCAGCUACCAUCCUACGACGAGCUGGUCCAAGUCGACAGCAUCCAGUACGAGAACGAGGGUGCUGAGGUCAACACUACCAUCCCACUGCCUACCAUAGUCGGCAGCACCCCCAACGCUACCCUUUCUGCAUCAACCCUAAGACCUGGGAAAAACAGCCGCAAUUUCCUCCCGAUCAAAAUCCGAAGGAUUAAGUCAGAAAAGCUACCCAUGAAAAACACUGGCAGCUCUCAGCCGGCAGCUGGAAUCAGUAUUGAACCUCUUACCCCCCCGCCACAGUAUGAAGAUAAGGUGCCUCCACUUUAAGAUCAAUUGUUUAAAACUGUUGACUGAGUUUCCUGCUAUCGUCCAUGGCCAACCUUUGUGGAUCCGGACGUGCAUUGUUCAGCCUAGAACUGAAAGUGACUUCUUGAAGUGAAGCUAUUCAAAUCUGUCAUCAUGGCUCAUGACUGUGACGUACUCAAGAACAGAAGACUGUCUUUUGUGGGCUUUAUUGGAUCAUGCCAUGAGGUGAAAAAGGUUUGUCAGGCUGUUGCAUAUUAGGCCAUUUUUUGCAUUGUAUAAUGUUGUAGGUUUCAGUUGAUGCAUUAUCUUAAGAAACCACCUCCACUUUGUGUGGAGUAUACAGAUGAAUUGAUAUAAUAGUAGACAUCAUGAGAAAGAGAGGGGUUACUUUGAUUUGCAAGUAAAUGGGUAUGCCCACUAAUUUUAUGAGGUAAUUGUCAUUUUGCCAGAUUUAAAGGCUGGUGAUUAUUGCUGUCAGUCUAUAACCAAACAGGGACCCUAACAUUGUUAAACCUGUGGUGUCAUGUCACCUGGAAACAUUUGCAAUGGUCAAAAAUGUAGUCUUUCAUGCCUUUUAUAGUUUUCUCUUGAAGGAAAAGGGCACUUGCAGGAUUGAGCAAGCUGACACUAGUGGUUUAGCCAGUUGCUAAGAAAUUGUGGGACUGCAUUUAAGCAGCACUAGCAUUGGUUAACUUUUGCAAUUCAGUCCAGAUACUUAAGUUCAAUGCUGUUUAAAUCCAAAAAAAUGUCAACAAAACACUGACAAAAAGGCGCUGGUGUGCAUGAAAUUAAAGGAUUUUCACCCCUACCAACCUGGUUGCAGUGACUGUACUGCUACCAGGUUUACAGUACUGAUCUGAAUCUAUAAUACUUGACAAGAGUCCAGAUUUGACUUUCUGUUUAACUCUGGCACACAUUCUACCAGCUUUACACCUCAGUCUUUACCUUGAUAAAAUUAUUUUUUGCCACUCUCCAGUAGUCUACAGUGCACUAGCACCUUCGAUACAGAUGUGUAAAAAAAAAAUAGUAAUUAGUUUUAACAAAAAUUCUGCACUUUUUUUCUAACAGUGAUCUUUAGGGAUUACUAUUAUCUUCCCUACUGCUCUCUUGUCCUGUGUCCCAGUUCCAGCUGUCUACACUGUUUAAUGAUCGGACUGUAAACAUAGGCGUAGGUUUAGGAGAUGUAGCAAUUACCUACUUUAUGCAGGUGAUCACACCCCUGCCCCAUUUGAAUGGUAUGUUGUCUUGUCUUUCCUAUUUUGAAGAGUUGUUAAGAAUACUAAGUUUUUUGUGUCACGGCCUAUUUAUAGCCCAUGGAAACAGGAAGACAUGCAUUGCUAACUACUCAAUCUUAGACCCUCUAAACAACUGGGCACAGUACAAUGUUGUAUAAAAAAUGUGCCUCAGAGUAGUAUAGGAAUUUUUAGGGAUCUCAAAACUAUUAUCUCCUAACAUUUGAUUAUUUUCCCAGAUUUAAUCAAUGUGCUCAAAUAAAGGUUAGAUAUUUCAAUAGUUUUGACUCCAAGACCAAAAUUGUGAUUAUUGUUAGCCUUUUGGUACACCUGUACCAGGGGUGCCAAAAUAAUGGCGGCUGCUAUAGUAGACAGCUCACUGAACUCAUAUGUUUACAUGUUUAUAACUCAAUAAGGCAGAAAAAGACAGGAAAACCACUGCUUGGUGGUGUGGUGCCAACCUAGUUUCAUACUUGUGUAAAGUGGCUGUUUCAUAAAAGCAGAAGAUGUGAGGGGCCAUUUGUGUUUGAAACUUGUUUGUACUCCCAACUUGUGCAGCAACUUAGGCCACAGCGGUAAAGCUGUGUUUGGUAACCAGUUAACAGAAACGACUUUAAAGGAGGAAAUGAGUUUCAAGGAACUGUGAAAAGUCUUGGAUUUAAAAGAAGUGCUAAUAUCUGACUUUGAAUGCAUCAGUGACUACCCUCCAGGCGUACAUACCAAAGCAUUUUUACUCAGAUUUACCUUUCAAAACAUUUCAAAAGAAACUGUGUAGCUUUGGUAUUGUUAUUUGAGGACAGUGUUGCUAUUUCUUUUCCACACAGCAUGAUACUGUGGCAUGUAUAGGUGUCUGUUGUACCCAGGAACUUUGUGAAUAGCUAUAAACCGGUGUUCAGUAGCCAUGGCAAGUUGUGAAAGCAGCAGUGUAGUCUCUCCUUCUCAGGGUGUUUUUUUUUUUUUUAAACUCUGCAUGAGCAACAGAAAGACUCUUUGAGUGUGCAGCUGCACCACAAUAACAGCAGCUGCUCUCUGGCUUGCUGAUCAUCAUUCCUUCAACCACAGCUUGACCUGCAGGCUUGUUUUCACUCUGAAGGUAUGCAGCGAAAGAGAGGAAAAUAAAAAUAAAUGGCUCUAGGGGUUUUUUCUGUAGGGAAAUUGCUUGUGUUACAGCAUUUUGCAGGCCCGUCUGUUCACUCUUCUUUCAUUCUUAAGUGUAGGUAUAAACAGCAGAUGCCAAACGGAGUGACUCAUCAGUCAUUUAAGUCAAUGUUACUCAUUUUGUGAAGUUGCGCAAUUUAGCCUUAUCUGUUUAGCAAAAGAAAAAGCCCCAUACACUAGUGUUUUGCAGCUGAAACGUGUCACAAAAUGUUUCAGUUCAGUUGGACAUCAGCAAUGUACCUUUUUAUAUGUUGUCAAAUUGUUUUACAUUAUUUUUAAGUAUUUGAAUUCAGGAGUGUUUUUUUUUUUUUUUUUUUUUUUUUUUUUUUACAAUAAUGUUUGUUGUCUGUGUCAUUUAAUGUUGCCUUUUUAUGACUACACUUUAUAUAUUUUAUGUGCUGGGAAUAAAAUAGAAUAUUUCUUAUGUGUCAUAAAAGGUAGUUUCUUGCAGAAGUUUGAAAAGUUGUUUCUCAUGAAUAUUUAUGAUGAAUAAAGAAAGCGUUUUUCUAUCAUG